AUGAGGCUCCUCGUAACAUCACUCUGGUUCUUCUCGUGCGACUUUCUCCACGUUCAAGCAGAAGUGGACGAAAAUGGUCAUUUCCGUGGGCUCGGUCCUAUGAACGGCGAUCCCAACGACGAACUCUAUUACAUGCAGAAGUCUUAUCUUGAAGCCAUUUCUAUACCUGAGGCUUGGGAUAUCCUGGACUCCACUGCCAAGAGAACACCUGUGACUAUCGCAGUUAUUGACGACGGAAUCGAGGCCACCCACCCUGACUUGAAGGGUGCCGUCAUCAAGGGCUACAACGUCGUUGAUGAGAAUGAUGAUACCAGUCCUCGAGGACUGCAUGGAACCUGCAUGGCUGGCAUCAUUGGCGCUAUCAGAAUAACAACAUCGGUAUUGCGGGUAUUCUGGACAGUGUCCGAUUCAAGUGGACCCCAAUUCAUUGACGACAAGAUUCGGGAAGCAACUGCAGCUGGCAUGCUCGUUGUCGUCACCGCAGGGCAUGCGCACCUGGAUCUGGACAUAUAUCCAGACUUCCCUUGUUCCUUCGACCGUUCACCCACUGAUGGAGUGAUAUGUGUGGCUGCAACAGAUGGUUCCAAGAUGCGGCUUUCUGAUGACAGUAAUUUCGGUUCAGCUGUUGACAUUGCCGCUCCAGGUGAGGGAAUAGUUACAACUGAUCUCAAAGGGAAGUAUAGCCAAGAUACGGGUACUUCGGUUUCCGCCGCUAUCGUAGCAGGUAUAGCUGGGAUGCUCUACAGCCUUGAACCUUCUCUGAAGAAUAAGCUGGCCCCUGCUGACAUCAAACGUAUCAUCAAGGAUACGGCCACCCAAGGUCUCAAGGACAGUAAAGGGGAAAAGACCCUUCCCUUCGGCCGCGUGAAUGCUGCGGCGGCUGUCAAUAAGAUACUUGAAGGAAAGAAGGUUUAA